CGCCCCACCGACAAUAUCAAAUUUCCCAUUUGGCCCCCUUCCCCAGGCAACAAACAAGGUGAAGAGAAGAACGCAAAAACCAGAAAAAUUCAUCUCCGAUCGUUAGAUUAUCGUCAAAUUCUCCGAGAGAGAGAGAGAGAGACAGCGCGAGAAUGUAUCAUCCGACCAGGGGCGGCGUUCGUGGCGGUCGAGAUCAAUUUACUUGGGAUGAUGUGAAGGUUGAUAAACAUCGAGAGAACUAUCUUGGUCACAGUAUCAAAGCUCCUGUUGGAAGAUGGCAAAAAGGCAAGGAUCUACACUGGUACACCAGGGAUAAGAAUUCUCUGAGUUCAGAUGCCGAGGCUGCUAAAGAAGAGAUACGGAAGAUUAAGGAAGAGGAGGAGCAGGCCAUGAGGGAGGCUCUCGGCCUGGCUCCGAAGCGUGCUAACCAACCUCGAGGAACUCGACUAGAUAAGCAUGAGUUUUCUGAACUCGUGAAGCGAGGCUCUACAGCUGAAGACUUGGGUGCGGGUCAUGCUGAAGCUGCUCGGGUUCAGGGUCUUGGUUUUUCUAGAUUGCCCUGUGCUAGGGAAGAGUCUAGUUCUCUUCAACCAAACUUAAAGGAUGAGUUGCCGGAAAAGAUGGAGGCACCUGUGCCAGUUCCAACAACCAGGAACACAGAAGACUCAGAUGAUGAAAGGAACCGGAAGAAAAGGAGGGGCGAAGAGAAGAAACACGAAAAGUAUGAGAAAAGGGAUAAACGACAUUCUCGUGAUUCAGACGAUAAGAGGAGAAGCAAGAAGGACAAGCGGAAGAGAAGACAUGAUUCUGACUGAAUAAUCUGUGUAACAUCACUAUGCCUACUUGAAAAUGUUACCAGAAUUGUCUAUUUUUACUCAUAAAGCAGGAUUCUGUUCUGUAUUGUUGUUUGCCUUUGACAUGCCUCCCUAUUUUCUGGUAGUUGAAUGACAGCACCUCUCUUUGCUAGUGUAGAUAACAGUUUUAUCUUACCCUAAUAAUUUGGCUUUUGAUUGC